AUGACGAGGGAACUCGACACACGAAGUGUCGCUGAGCUACGUGCAGAGUUGGAGGCGGCGCAGGCCCGGCUACGGGAAGAUUUGCAAGGGCAACUGUGGAACUACUAUGGUGCCUUGCGAGAUCCUGCUUCGGCCCUCAAGGAGCGGGUUGACCAGUUGGAGGAGAAGAUGGAGGACUUGACACGCGGCUCUGGAAAGACUCCAGAGGUGUCCACCUUGGAUUCGCAGGCGACGAGCGCCCUUUUUCUGCGCAUGGAUCGAGAGUUGGAGCGUGCCUCGAGCGCAGCGGAGCUCCGACAGUCACAGCUGGAGCAGCUGUUGAAGACCCGCCUCGCCAGCCUCGAAGCGACCCAAAGUGGCGCAGCCAGGCAGGUGGAAGUCGACCGUGUAGAUGCUGGCCUACAGGCAGUCCAGCAGGAACAUGCCCAAGAUGCCCUGGCCGUGAGGACUCGUUUGGAACGAAUGGAAGGGGCCCAAAGUGGCCUAUCCAGGCAGCUGGAAGAGCUUCAUCGACAACAUGCGCUUGUGCGGGAGCAGUUGGCGCUGCAGGCCCAGCGAGAAGAGCUUCUGCUGAAGGAUUGUCAGGCAGAUCUUCGGAAGGACUUCGUCAGCAAGGUCACCGAGCUCCAAAGCCUCGUUGCGAGAAGCGCCGAGGAAGCCUCGUCAUUGAAGGAGGAGCUGGAGAGUGUGAGAGGAACCCAGAAAGCACAGCGUGAGUCGCUGGAAAAGCACGUGGAGCAAACUUCCUCCUUGCAACACCAGGCAGCCUCCCUGGAUUCCAACAUUCGAGGCCUCCAGGAUCGUCUGGAUCCCCUAGAGGCAGAGAUCAAGAUUGAGAAGGAGGAGCUGGAGGGUGUGAGAGCAACCCAGAAAGCACAGCAUGAGUCGCUGGAAAAACACGUGGAGCAAACUUCCUCCUUGCAACACCAGGCAGCCUCCCUGGAUUCCAACAUUCGAGGCCUCCAGGACCGAAUGGAUCCCCUCGAAGCGGACAUGAGGCUUGAGAAGGUGGAGCGCGAGAAGGGCCUCAACGAAGUGAAGCGGAAGUGGACCCAAAUCGAGGAGGCUCGAGUGGCGCAAGAAGCGCAGCUCGAGGAACUGGAGAAGAAGGCUUCUACGACUUCGACUGCAGUCGCAGAGGUGGCUGAGACCCUGAAGAGUUUCAAGGCCCAGCUGCAAGAGGUGAGUGGGAAAGUCUCGGAAUGCGAAAAAGAGGAGGUCGCCGCGAGGUCGGAGCGAGGAAGUCUCGCAGAGCAACUGAACCGGGAGAGCGAGCUCGGCAAGGAGCGCUUGCAGCUGCAAGAGAAAAGCACCAAGGAUCAGGUUGAUGAGGUCAAGACGCGGAUCCAGCAGCACGUGAAUGCUCAGCUUCAACAGAUGCAGCAUGACUUGCAGAGCUUCCUGCGACAACAGGACACGGCUUUGCAGGAGCAAGUGCAGCAACAGCUGGAGUCACAAGAAGAGGCCCUGGAAAAGCUGCAGUCCACCCUGCUCAGCCGCAUUGAGAGGUCUCAGACCGAGACGUUUCGAAGGACCGAGAAGAACGAGCAGCGGGCCGAGCAGAUCGAAGCGACGCUGCGCUCCUUCCAGGAGGUUCAAGCAUCCGCGCAGAGUGCGGCGGGGAAGAGAAUGCUCGAUUUGGAGAAGCGCCUGACGUUAAUUGCUGUGGACUUGCGCAGUUUCAAGAUUGAGGAGCAUGGGAAGGAGGAGGGACCUUCGACCCUGAAGAGCGUGGAGAAUAAGCUAAGUGCGGAUCUGCAAGCGGUGAAGCAGGGCAUUGACUCCAUUCGGAACUCCGUGAACGCCGUGAACGGUCAUGGACAAUCUUGGAGCCCCAUGGGGUCUCCACCAGUCCCAUUGUGGCCGACCAAGUCCCAGCCGUGUUCCCCCAUCUCGGAGCCUCGCACCGCCGCUGGACCCUUGCUUCGCCCCAUGUGCUCGCGCGUGGCGUCCCCGGCACCGCCACCCUGGGCUCCAGUGCGUGUGGCCAGUCGGUCGGUGAGCCCCUGCCGGAGCAUGAGCUCGGUGCCGACGGCCCCUGUGCCAGCACCGGUGCCGGUGCCGGCCGCCUUCCUAGCACCGGCGCCGUCCAGCUCUACAGAGAGUGGAUCCAGUGAGGAGUCGCAUAAGCCAACAGCAGCACCAGCAAUACUGAAGGUGACCUGUCCAGUAACUCCUGGACUACCAGCCAUCUCUGGAGAUUAUUGCUUGGUGCCCGGUGAGUGUCCCAAUGGAAGGCCGCUCUGGAAGCAGAAGCAACAAGAGCUAUGGCUCUAUUGCGGUACCAACAAUCGCUGGUUUGUUGGGGGCCCCGAUGCUAAAGGAUGGAAGUUCCAGUGUGAAGCUGGAUUUAUUUACAGCGAGCCGAUUGCCAAUGCCAGCACUCCGGAUCAAGCCUCCGGCUGGGCCCGGUUCCAGGGCGGCGUCUUCCUGGCCGACCCCAGCGUCAGUGUACCAGUGCCCGUGGCGCAGGUCUUAGAACUGGGUGAGACUUCCAAGACCUGUGAGGAGCUCGAAGCGUACAUUCGCGACGUCCUCUCUAUACAGCACACAGAGCAGAACUAUGACCUGCUCAAGCACAACUGCAACCACUACGCGGAUGACGUGGCCAAAUUCCUUUUGGAUGGCAAAGGCUUGCCGAGUGGCAUCGUGAACGUCGCAGAGGAAGCGCUUUCGACGCCACAGGGCCAGACCUUGAAAGUGAUGAUCGAGAACAUGGAGCGCAGCAUGCGCUCUGGAGGUGCUUCUAUGAAUCCUUUUGGCUCCCAGGCCUCAAUGCCCAGUGCCGCACCAGUCCCUGCGCCGGUCACAGCAGAUGAGCCUGGAGAGCUGCAGGCCUUGACUCCUGGCGUCGUGCUCAUGGGUGGCCUUGACCUUCCAGUUGGUUUGGGUUUGUUAACAUCAUAG